AUGUAUAUGAAAUGGUUUGAUACAGGAAUGUUUUACUAUGUGAUUUUAGUGUAUUGAGUGAAUGUCACUUUUUGACAUUUUUACAUUUCCCGCCAGUUCCGUCCCCAUACGUCCCGACGUCGCAGGGAACGGAACCCGGAAGACAGAUGCCGGCAUCUGCUGGAGAACAUGGCCGGGGACACUGCAGGAGGGACAUCGCGGGAGCGCAGGACAAGGUAAGUGAAGAACAGAUCCCGGAGCAACGCUGCAAGUGUAUUCCCGAGUGUAGCUCGGGGUUACCGCUUGUGGUGCUGAAACUUUACCCCGAGCUACACUCGGGAAUACCGCCAGGGGGGGUUAAGCCUUUUGCAGCGCUAAUUAAAUGAUA